AUGGCUGAUGCAGUCGCCUUGGUCUCCAGACUCAUAGACCAGCUCCAAGAAAAACACAGGUUCCCAGAGCUCGCCAGAAUCCUCCGCGACAUCGAACCUGUUCUAGAGGACGCCGAGAAGAGGGGAGUGAAGGAGGAGCCAGUCAGAGUGUGGUUGGACAAGCUCAAAGACGCCAGCUGCGACAUCGAGGACGUGCUCGAUGAGUGCUGCAGCGCUGCCGUCCCUGAAUCAGAAGAUACCCAGAAGGAGGAAGAAGAAGAAAGUCGUGGAAUAUCGAAAGCUUUUAGCUUUGUGAAGGUAUGCUUUUCCCAACUCACCUCGUGCUUUUGUUGCACUGAUAUAGUCGAUUGGGUUCGAAUUGCAAAGAGGAUAAAGUGUUUGAGGGAAAGACUGAGUGAAAUUGCAACUGAGAGACAUAGGUUCAACUUUAAUUCUGUAAAAAAUAGAGAGAUUGAACAAUCCGGGAGACUAGGAAUUGGAACUGCCACUUAUAAGUUAAUUGAAGAAGUAGAGUCCGCAAUCUAUGGUCGAGACGAAGAUACGAAGAUUUUGAUAAGCAAAUUGGUACCUGAGCGGAGUGAAGGGUGUUGGGGGAAUGGUGUAAUCUCAAUUGUUGGGGUGGGUGGAAUGGGGAAAACCACUCUUGCCCGGUUAGCAUAUAAUGAUCAAAGUGUCAGAACCCAUUUCGAUCUGAGGAUAUGGGGUUGCGACUCUGUUUCGCCUGAUGAGCCGAGGGUUGCCAGAGAAAUUCUUGAAGCUAUCCCUCGUAAGAGUGGAACGUUGAACUUUGUUGAACGGGAAGCUUUGUUAGAGAGUAUUCGUGCAUCGAUUGGUGGAAAGAAGUUCCUUCUAGUCCUUGAUAAUGCGUGGGAUCUCUGGGAUGGAGACUUCUCAAAGGGGUAUGUUCUUUGGAAGCUUUUGCGUUUUGGUGCAGCAGGGAGUAGGAUUUUGCUGACUGCAAGAUCUAGCAACAUUGCUAAGAUGAUGGGAGCUACUAGCGUAAUUGAUCUAAGCGCAGUGUCGCAGGAAGAUGCGUGGUUAAUGUUUAGACAGAGAGCUUUUUUCGGAAGGGAUGCAAGUGAGUGCAAACAACUCGAAAGAAUUGGUAAGAAAAUUGUAAAGAAGUGCUAUGGCUUGCCUCUUGCGAUAAAGACCUUGGCGGGUCUCAUGCACUUUAAGAAUACCAGAGGACAGUGGGAAUCUGUUUUGCGAGAAAUGGUGUGGGAAUUGGGACAUGCCAACAACAUAAGCACUUUUGACCUGCUUCUGUUUAGCUAUCAUGAUCUGCCACCUGUGCUUAGAUGUUGUUUCUCAUAUUGUGCAAUAUUUCCGAAAGGUCAUGUCAUUGAGAGAGACAAUUUGAUCAAAAUGUGGAUGUCGCAAGGUUAUCUUGGUUUCAAUGUCGACAGAAAUAAAGAGAAGGAAAUACUAGGCCAAGAAUGCUUUAUGAAUUUAGCGAUGCGGUCUUUCUUCCAAGACUUUGAAACAGACUAUAAAGGGAGCAUUGUAAAAUGCAAGAUGCAUGAAGAAGUGCAUCGCUUGGUCCAAUAUGUCACAAGGUAUGACUGCUUUAUCACGGGUAUUGAUUGCGUUGAAGAGUCUGGCAGUGGAGGCACCUGUGACUCUUCUUUUGUCCUAGCACCUGGGGCUGACCUCGGAGAGGCAAACAUUGAAGUAGCCCGUCAUUCUACUUUUGUCCUAGCACCUGGGGCUGCAUUUCCUAACUCAGCAUGCAACGGAAAAGGACUGCGUACACUCUUCACAUUGAGUUCACUGAACAUUGCGAUAAACCCUGAUAUACUCUUGCAUCUAACAUGUCUGAGAACACUAAAUCUGAGUCGCUGCUGGUUCAAAGAACUACCGGAGGAGGUUGGAAAGUUUAUACAUUUGAGAUAUCUCAAUUUAUCUAGCAACGAAGAGCUGGAAAGGUUGCCUGAGACGCUGUGUGAUUUAUCUAACUUGCAAACUUUGUUGAUCAACGAUUGUAUGCGAAUUAGAAAACUACCAGAGAGGAUGGGGAAGCUAUUGAACUUAAGACACCUUCACAUUGAUUGUUCUUUUAAUCUAGAGAGUUUGCCCAAGGGAAUUGCAAAACUGACUUCUCUACAGACACUAGAUAUGCUCGUCCUACCACAGUAUGACAACGAAGAAGCAUUUAAGCUGGGAGAUUUGAAAUUUUGA